UUGUUGUAGGUAAAAAAAGAAAUUCUUACAAUGUUCGGAUUCCACAUACGAACUCGUUCCUUGGAUUCUACAAUUCUGGCGGGUUCACCGAAACCAACAGUGGGGACUCCGAGAUCCAGCAAUGGAGGCUCUCCAAGAACUGAGGUGGGAGAGGUGGACACCAGCGCUCCAUUUCAAUCUGUCAAGGCCGCGGUUAGCUUAUUCGGAGAUCCUGCAACCUCGCCUAGGUCCAACAACGACGACAACAACAAGAAGCAGCCCCUUCUAUCUAGAAAGCCAAAAAAUUCCUCUGCUGCUGAUGAGAGAGUGCUCGAGAAAGAAUCCGCCCUUCACUUGGCCCUCAAGCAACUGGAGGACUUCAGGGCACGACUCAAAUGCACAGAAACCACAAAAGCUCAAGCUUUCCGGGAACUCGAGAAAGCCAACAGAACGCUACAGGAACUGACAAACAAGCUCGAAAUCAUUAGUGAAUCCAAGCAAACGGCCAUCGAGGAAACAGAAGCUGCAAAGCAAAGAGCCAGGGAGCUCGAGGAACACAAAUCCAGCAGACAACACCUUGGCAUCGAUGCUUGGAAACAGGACGUCGACAGCGAAAGAGAACUAUACAAGGCCUCCGCUGCUGAGCUCAUCUCUGCUAAACAAGAGCUUACAACCCUCCGACAGGAUUUUGAUCGAGUCCUCGAAGCAAAACUGGCUGCAUUUCAAGAGGCUGCGGACGCCCAGCACGUCACCCAAGUUUACCGAGACAGGCUAACUCGAAUUUCCAGUGAAAUCACCACCUUGCGCGAUACACUGGGAGAGGUCAAGUUAGCCACGCUCCAGGCGCAAGAAGAAGGAAAUAAGCAUCACGAAGAAAGGCAGGCUCGCUUCCAAUCUCGCCAAACAGCCAACGAACAAGUAGAGCUGAAAAUCAAAUCCUUGAAAGAAGAAUUUGAUGCUAGCGAAAUUCUCGAGGAAAAGCUCGAAGAAACAACGGAGGCAGUCAAGCUUUUGCAAGAACAGCUGCAAAAUGUUAGAGAAUCAGAUAUGUCCUCUCUGAAAAUCGCCACAGCAGAGCUUGAUGAUGCUACAAGAAAACUGCGAGAAAUUGUGCAUGAACAAAACUUACAGAGAAGCUCAGUAGAUUUCCUUAAGGAGGAGCUUGAUAAUGUCAAGAGGGACCAUUCUGAAUUGAAGGACAAGGCAUCGAAAGCAGAAUUAACAGCUGAAACUUUGCAAAGUGAAUUGGAGAGAUAUAAAGCACAGCUCGACGCAGCUCUUGCAGGAGAUCCCAAGGAGAGUACGAUGAUAUGCGCUUAAAACUCCAACAGCUGGUGUCGGAGGCUGAAAAUGCUAGGCAGGGAGCAGAAGAGAUCAGGAAGGACAUCUCAUUACUUAAGCAAGAUGCUGAAACAGCACGUAUUGCAGCCAAGGAAGCAGAGGAAAGGCUACAAGUAGCACUGAGUGAGGUUGAAGCAGCAAAGGAAGCAGAAAGGCACGCAGGCGAAAUCAUUCAUAGUUCAUCCAAAACUGAUGCUGUCCAAGGCUCAACUUCAGAUUUGCAUGGCAAGAUCAAGUUAUCUGUUGAGGAAUUCGAGUCUUUGGAGAAAGCUGAGGAAUCAAAAUCAGAUGCUGACCUAAAAGUAGCAACCGUCAUGGCUCAGAUUGAAUCAAUUGAAGCAAGUCAAAAUGAAAUGCUCAAAAAGGUGGAGUCCUCUAUGAAAGAAAAAGAGGCAAUAGAGGCUGCCAUUGAGGAUGCUUUAAAACAGGCAGAGAUGGCUGAAGCAGCAAAGCAGGUGGUAGAGGGUGAACUCAUGAGGUGGCGUCAGAAAGAACAAGACGAUGUGGCCUGAGAAUCUUCUUACUCGUAGGAGAUGGAUAAUCAGCUUGAAUUUACAUGAUGAGAGAGUUUCGCAGUCAACUGCAUGAAUUUUUGAAAGACGCGCGUGGAAUUUUACUCUUCUACUACAGCAUAGUAUAAGCAUGCAUGAAUAUUUUCUUCUAAUUUUACCUACUCGUAAUAGAUGGAACCCCCAAGCAAAGCAGGAAAAGCGCGAGCAUUCACCCUUUUACUGCUUACCUCGAGAAAAAAAUAAAUAAAGGUAAAAAUCCAAUGGCAACUUGAAGCUUCAAGUUCUUCCUCUGCGAUAGGGAGCAAUAGCCGUACAUAUAAGGACUACAAUUCGGAUAAUGUAGAAUUAGGUGGACCAAAUCAAAUUAUAGCACUAAAGGGAACAUGCAAUCCUUCCACCAUUUUCAGAAGCUUUUUUGAUGCAAAAUACAGUAUGGAUGUCCUUAGUCAGUUGAUUUUCACCAAAAAAAAAAAAAAA